AUGGACAACCCCUGCGAGAAGCACAGCAACAUCACUACCAACAUCAACCUUCAGGACCCUCACAACGUCCACUCCCCGCACAACCACAAUCAGCCACACCACAGCUCCCCCGGUUCCUACCAAGCCCAAUACAGGUGCUGCCCUCCUCCCAGGUUCGAGGAGCCCCAUCAGAGUCACUGGGUGUUCACAGACAACGGCCAGAUCAUUUUCCCUGAGUCCGACUACCAGGUGUUCUCCUACCCCAACCCACCCAGGAGAGGCCUCAGCAGCUGGGACCCUGUGGCGCUGGUGGCUCCGUUUUGGGACGAUGCUGAUUUCUCCACUCAUCAAGGAACCAUCUAUUAUCAGGAAUAUAAGACGUUCUACGAUGAAUACAACCCGUUAGUCCGACGGGUGGAGUCUUGGAUUGCAAAGUUCACAAACACCUGGAACUACAAAGCCAGGUGGACCCUAAAGGUCACCUGGGCCGAUGUCCUUGCCUAUCCUGCCCGCUGGACCUUCGGGACCAACACCUACCAGGCCAUCCUCUCCACAGACGGGAGCAAGUCCUAUGCCCUGUUUCUCUAUCAAAGUGGCGGCAUGCAGUGGGACGCCGCCCAGCGCCGAGGCAACUCGGUCAUCAUGGGCUUCUCCAGCGGAGAUGGGUAUUUCCAAAACAGCCCCCUGACAUUCCGGCCAGUGUGGGAGAAGUAUCGCCCAGACCAACUCCUGGACUUCAACUCAGGCCUCCGGGGCCUGCAGUUCUAUGCGCUACACAGGCAAGAAACACCCAACUACCGGCUCAAGUGCCUGCAGUGGCUGAACAGACAGCCUCAGUGGCCCAGCUGGGGCUCGAACCAGAUCUCCUGCCCUUGCUCAUGGCAGCAAGGACGAUGGGACUUACGAUUCCAGCCCACCAAGCCAGGCUGGUGGGGCAGAGGCAGCCGGCAACUGUGCAGCUUCUCAUCCUGGCGCGGGGGCGUGUGCUGCAGUUAUGGGCCCUGGGGAGAACUUCAAGAAGGCUGGAGAGUGCGGGAUCCUUGGCAGUUUGGCCAGGAACUGGAGCCGCAGAACUGGUGCUGCCGCUGGAAUGACAAGCCCUUCUUCUGCACCCUGUACCAGCAGAGGCAGCCCCGUGUCAGCUGUGCCGGAUACAGGCCUCCCCGACCAGGUUGGAUGUUUGGGGACCCUCACUUCAUGACGUUGGAUGGUGCCAAUUAUACCUUCAAUGGGCUGGGGGACUUCCUUUUGGUCCGGGCCCAGGGUAGAAAUUCCUCCUUCCUACUGGAGGGCCGCACCGCCCAGACUGUCUCAGCGCAGGCCACCAACUUCAUUGCCUUUGCUGCCCAGUACAAGUCUAGCAGCCUGGACCCCAUCACGGUGAGGGACAGGGAAAAGAGAUCCCAUGUACGUUCGCUAGCACCCUACACUCCCCCCACCACCACCACUCCCAGACACCUAUAGUUUCUUUAUCUGUCUCCCAAUGUCUUAGGCCGAAAGAUCUUUAACACCACUGGAAUCAUACUGAUCAGCAAUGGCUCCAUGGUCUCAGCCAGUUUUGAUGGAACGGUGACCAUCUCAGUGAGAGUGCUCUCCAACAUCCUCCAUGCCUCCUCCAGUCUUCCAGAGGAGUAUCAAAACCACACAGAGGGCCUCCUGGGGGUCUGGAACAAUGACCCCGAUGAUGACCUCAGGAUGCCCAAUAGCACCAUUGUCCCCCGAGGGAGCUCUGAGGAGAGGAUCUUUCACUACGGAAUGACCUAUCAGUUCCCGCCCUCGAUUGAGGGUAAGCGUGUGCUGACAGCGUACAAAGAGCGGACGGAGCACUUUCAGUACACCAGUGACUCAGAGAACACCACAUUCUCUCUCAGGAACCACUCUCCUAGUUUCACGCUCUUUGAGAAUGGGACGCUGCUCUGGACACCAUCACUGAAACCAUUCACUCUGAAGAUUCUAGCAAGAAAUGCCAGGAACAACUUGUCGUCUGAAUACCACCCCGAUGUUGUGGCCUGCUUCUGCAGUGCAGAGGACCAGUGUUUAUACAACCAGACCAGUUGGGUGGGCAAUUCUUCCCUCCAGGUGGCCGCCUGCAAGUGUGGUGAGAACAACAUCGGUCUCUACUGCGAUCGCUCCAGGGACCCGUGUGAGCAGUGCUUCCCGGGCGUCGACUGCAACGCUAAGCAGGGCUGUGGUGCCUGCCCCCUGAACAUGACUGGGAAUGGGAUUCACUGUGCAGCUCUGGAAAGUUCCUUCUCCUGCCCGAACAAGCCACCCUGCCCGGCAAAUCACUGCUACAACCAUGGCCACUGCUACCUCUCCCAGAGCCCCGCCUGCCAGCCCACCUGCACGUGCCCCCCAGCCUUCAUCGACACCCGUUGCUUCCUGGCUGGGAACAAUUUCACCCCCAUCAUCAGCUCAGAGCCUCCCUUGAGAGUCGUCCAGCUCCUGCUGAGCGAAGAGGAGUCCGCCUCCGCUGCAGAGGUCAAUGCCUCGGUGGCACACAGGCUGGGGAACCUGGACGUGCGGGCCUUUUUCCGGAACAGCAUGGUGGAGCCACUUAAGUCCCCUAACCCGGCCCCAGGAAGUUCCCUUCGCCACUGGAGAGUCCUCUCUGAGUUCCAGUACCGGCCUGGGGGCCCUGUCAUCGACUUCCUGAACAACUGGCUGGUGGAUGCUGUGGUGGGGGCCUUCUUGUCCCAGACCCCGCGGAGGACUGGGGAGCCUAGGAACAACGUGGCCUUCUACCCCAUGUCCAGAGGAGACGUGAGCAGCCUGAAGGAGGCGAACGUGAGCACACUGGAAGCUCACUUCCAAUGCAAUAGCUACAAGGGCUACCACCUGGUCUACAGCCCCCAGCGAGGCUUCACCUGCGUGUCCCCAUGCCGUGAGAACUAUUGUAAGCACGGAGGUCUAUGCCAACACCUGCCCGAAGGGCCCCGCUGCAGCUGCGUGCCCUUCUCCAUCUACACGCCCUGGGGCGAGCACUGUGAGCACCUGAGCUUGAAACUCGGCGCCUUCUUCGGGAUCCUCUUUGGGUCUCUGGGCGCCCUCCUGCUACUGGGGGUCGUGACGUUCGUGCUCUGGCGCUUCUGCAACUGCUCCACAUCCUGGGACUCCUACCCACUGGACUCUGAGAGCUGA